GGCCCGGCGGCGGAGCGCGGCGCCGGCGGGGGCGGCCGGGCGGGCGCGGGCGGGCGAUGGAAACGCACAUCUCGUGCCUGUUCCCCGAGCUGCUGGCCAUGAUCUUCGGGUACCUGGAGGUGCGCGACAAGGGCCGCGCGGCGCAGGUGUGCACGGCCUGGCGGGACGCCGCCUACCACCGCUCCGUGUGGCGGGGCGUGGAGGCCAAGCUGCACCUGCGCCGCGCCAACCCGUCGCUCUUCCCCAGCCUGGCGGCGCGGGGCAUCCGGCGGGUGCAGAUCCUGUCGCUGCGGCGCAGCCUGAGCUACGUGAUCCAGGGCAUGGCCGACAUCGAGAGCCUCAACCUCAGCGGCUGCUACAACCUCACCGACAACGGGCUGGGCCACGCCUUCGUGGCGGAGAUCAGCUCCCUGCGCUCGCUCAACCUGAGCCUCUGCAAGCAGAUCACGGACAGCAGCCUGGGCCGCAUCGCCCAGUACCUGAAGGGGCUGGAGGUGCUGGAGCUGGGGGGCUGCAGCAACAUCACCAACACCGGGCUGCUCCUCAUCGCCUGGGGGCUGCAGCGCCUCAAGAGCCUCAACCUGCGCUCCUGCCGGCACCUCUCCGACGUGGGCAUCGGGCACCUGGCGGGCAUGACGCGCAGCGCGGCCGAGGGCUGCCUGGGCCUGGAGCAGCUCACGCUGCAGGACUGCCAGAAGCUCAGCGACCUCUCGCUCAAGCACCUGGCCCGCGGGCUGGGCCGCCUCCGCCAGCUCAACCUCAGCUUCUGCGGCGGCAUCUCGGACGCGGGGCUGCUGCACCUGUCGCACAUGAGCAGCCUGCGCAGCCUCAACCUGCGCUCCUGCGACAACAUCAGCGACACGGGCAUCAUGCACCUGGCCAUGGGCAGCCUGCGGCUGUCCGGCCUCGACGUCUCCUUCUGCGACAAGGUGGGGGACCAGAGCCUGGCCUACAUCGCACAGGGCCUGGACGGCCUGCGCUCCCUCUCCCUCUGCUCCUGCCACAUCAGCGACGAGGGCAUCAACCGCAUGGUGCGACAGAUGCACGGGCUCCGCACCCUCAACAUCGGCCAGUGCGUCCGCAUCACCGACAAGGGCCUGGAGCUCAUCGCCGAACACCUCAGCCAGCUGACGGGCAUCGAUCUCUACGGCUGCACCCGCAUCACCAAGCGGGGCUUGGAGCGCAUCACCCAGCUGCCCUGCCUCAAGGUGCUCAACCUGGGACUUUGGGAAAUGACUGAGAGCGAGAAGGUCAGGUGAGAGGAGGGGGGUGCCCCGAGACCUCCGUCUCCUCUGGAGGGACUCACGGACAGACUGACUGACUGACUGCUGCAAUGGAGGAGAGAAAGAGAGAGAGGGGCACGCACAGAGCCAUGCUACCCACGCACCCUGGCACUGGAGGGAGGAACACGGAGAAAGAGUAUAUGUCCUUGACCCUUCUCUGCUGCCUAACGACCCUUGCUCUGGAGGAGGAGGAAGGGGGGGCAGGAGGAAAGAGAGAGCACCCCUCCUUUUUCCAGGUCGUGCCUCCAGCUCCACAGUGGGGAAACAGAGCUCCCCCACCCCCACCCCCCAGCAUCCUCUCCUACAGAAGAGGUAGAAGCCCACACUUAUGCACUGGGGCUAGAGACACCCCUCUUUAUCCCCACUCCCUGAUUCCAUCCCCUCGUGCACUAAGGAUGGAUAAAGAUCGAGACCCUUGUUCUGCCAUGUAUUGAGAAUAGCUUAUUUUUGGUUUAUGUAAAGGAGAGUGGGAAUGGAGAUGGGAACAAACAACAGCAGAAAAGGCUUCCUAGCUACACUAACGUACCCGGCCACCCAGUCGUCCUGCACUGGGCACAGACACGGCUUUUGCUUUUGGUUCUGUUUUAUAAAAGGAAAAAAAAAAAGCUAAAAUCCCCACAAAAAAAAACCAACAACCAUUCCACCUCUGCGCUUGCCCCUCCCCCAUCAACUGGGAAUUGUGACAGAAAUACUGCUCCCUAGGUACAUUGAUUUUUUUUUUUUUGGUCUGUUUUUAAUCUCCAGUUCCGUGUUAUUCUCUGCUGUGGGUGGAUACAGUUUCCCACUACUCCAGUUCUCCACUGCACUGAGAAUAGGGAUAGCUACAACCUCUCCUUUUGUAUGUUUCCAUGUCAUCCUGCACUGUGGUGAAAGGAGAAGCCUAGGCACUCUGUUCUUUCUCCCCAUCUCUCUGUACUGGAGAGGAAGAUACCAUUUCCUCCUACUCCUGUUUCUGUAGGGACUGGACACAGACCCCGGUUCUCUUAGACCUUCCCAUGUACUGGGGGACACUGAGAGUUACCGAGAGACUCGUCUUCCCUUUCAUCAUUCUCUCUCUCUUUCUCCCCUCCUUCUUCUUGGCAACAGGGAUAGACAUAUCCAGCUACAUAUCCAUUCCUCUUCUUCGACUGGGGGCGAGUGGGUGGAAGGGGUGGCUAGCUGCCCUCGGACCAGGGGACUUAAGGAAGAAUCUCCAGCUUCAUUUCUGCUUCAUUUGAGAUACUGUGACCUGUUUUUAUUUUGAAAUGCAUAAAAAAAAUUACUGCUACAAAAACAGCCUCUUACUCUCCCAUCUAUCCCUUGCUUAUAUCCUGUAACUGAUCCCAGUUUUCCUCAUUCAUUCUCCUCUUUACAGUAUUCGUUUUCUCACAUGGUUUUAUUUUUAAAGACAUUUGAAGUUGCUGUUCUUGUGGAUUUUUAAGUACAUUUUUUUUCUGCUGAAUAUAUUCUAUAUAUAUAAAUAUAUAUAUGAUGUCUGGCUACCUCGUUUUAAUUUGUUACUUUUUUUUUCUCCUCAAAAACCCUGGAAUUCUUACAGGAAAGAGAUUUUGAGACUGAAACAUUUUUGUGCCUAGACUGGAAUAAUGCCCCUUGGGUUUGUUCUUUUUCUCUCCCCCCCUUUUUUUUUUUAAUUUUUGUUUGCUUUUAAGCUUACCCUGCUGUGUCCCACCCUCACAUUCUGGUUGUGCCUCUCCGUCCCUCUUCACUGGGGAUUGGGGACCCAAACUGUGCUUCUGCAUUUUUUACUCUUCUAGCACAAACAUGUAACGUGAGAAUCCAUGCUGAGGAUUGGGCUACUGUUAACGGAAAUGUGUAAAAAUGCAAGUUGGUUUUAAAAAAAAUUUAUAUAUAUAGAUAUAUGCAAAUAUUUCCCCCUCCCCUCCCAAAUCACCUACAAAAGGUCACUAUGUGAGGCUUCCUGUUUGUGAGUGGAGAGAGGAGCAGAGCAGGCCUGCAGGCCCCGAGGCUGUAAUGUGAAGGGGAGGAGACUGAAGUUCAUCUGUCUUAUCUCUGUUCUGUCAAUAAAAUGGAGCUGGUUCUUUAGAUUUUUUUUUUAUUAUUAUUAUUAUUUUAAAGAGGAAGAGUAAGUUUUUUUUGUUUUAUUUUUUUUUAAGAAAAAUAUCUUGGCUUUUUUUUUUUCUUGUGUGUUCAAAAUCUCAAAUCCUCCACAGUAACAGGCCAGACCACGGAGUUAACGCAAACCCAGAGACCCCUAUGGAUUAAUUGUACUGUUUGUGAAUUUGUAUAAAAAUAACAAAGAUCCUCUUAAAACAUUUUAUAUUCUUACAGUAAAAGGUUAAACUGAUAUUUAUAUAAUAAAAGAGGAAAUAUGAAGUAUGUUUU